CAGAAUAUCAAAGAUAGCAAAGAUGGUGGCAAGAAUGGAGUUGAAAAGUAUAGCCGGCGCAGUGUAUGUGCAAUUGGCAUACGCGGCAAUGUUCCUGGCAUCACGACUAGCCUUCACCAAAGGCAUGAGCCACUUUGCCUUCGUCCUCUAUCGUCAAAUCGUUGCCAGCCUCGCCAUCGGCCUUCCAGCAGCUUACUACCUCUAUAGGGGUGGGAGGUGGAGCUGUAUGACUUGGAGGAGCAUGAAACACGUCUUCAUCCUUGCACUGAUCGGGAUAAGCUUCAGUCAAAAUUUCUACUAUGCUGGAUUGGCGUUGACUUCCUCGACAUUCGCCAGCACCAUGAACAAUCUGAUACCCGUCGUCACUUUCUUGCUCGCCUACUUCCUCAAAUUGGAGCGAGUAAGAAUAAAGGUAUGGGAUGGACAAGCUAAGAUCCUCGGCACACUUUUUUGUGUUGGUGGAGCAAUGCUGAUGACAUUCUACGAGAACACUACACGCCAAAGUCAAGAGGAUUCACAUGUACAACAACAACUUUAUCUGGAUCAUUUUCCUUUAGGUCAAUCAUUGGUCAAACUUGUUGGCAAAAGCCAUGGAAGCUUCCUCUUUGGAGCACUUCUUACCAUCAUAGGCUCUUGGUCCAUGUCCUUCUUCAUGAUCUAUCAGGCAUGGAUCGUGCGAGAAUACCCUUCUCAGCUCACCCUUUCUGCCAUGGUCAGCUUCAUGGGUUGCCUCCAGUGUGCCCUAGUGUCUCUCCUCCUUGAGAACCCUUCAGCUUUGAUAAUACAAUGGGACAUGCAGCUUCUCCUCAUAGCGUACAGUGGAAUAUUUUGCACAGGUUUAGGGUUCUUCAUCAUAAUGUGGUGCGUGAAGGAAAGAGGCCCAGUCUUUGUCACCAUGUUUAGUCCUUUGUCAUCAGUGGUUGUGGCCAUUAUGGAGCCCUUGCUGCUUCAUGAGCAACUCACUUGGAGCAGUGUAUUGGGCAUGGCCAUAAUCAUUGCUGGUCUCUACCUAUACCUGUGGGCCAAAGCUCAAGAUAGUAACCCUUCCACUGAUCAGUCUCAACUCACUGAUGAGGAAGAAGAAAGGGCCAUUGAUGCAAAUGAAAGAAGCUCCCGUGAAGAAAUUACAAUUGGCAUCCAGGCACCUCUGCUAGCCAAUACUAAUUCCUAGUCACUACAAGAAAAUAUAAUAGGCUUUAGAGACAAGUUUUUAAGACAAAAAUAAAAUCUAUUUCAAAUUUAUCUAAACCAGAAAUAGAUUUAGAAGUGAGUGCACGCAUUUAUGGAUAUCUUAUGCAUCGUUAAAAUAACUAGCUAGAUUACAUGAAUAUAAUUGUUCUCUCUUUUAUAUAUUAUGCUAGUCCAAAAGGUACUCUGCAAACGUACUUGAAAGCGUAUUUCUAUGUAACAGACUCAAGAGUAAAU